AUGGCUUUCGCAUUCCGUUAUCACCAGGCUGCUCAGUCGACGUACAAGCCGCCUCUGAUUGCAAACGAGAACGCCUUCCUGGGCGAUGUAGACUCGAGUGAAAAAGACUCGCCCGAGAAGCCCAUCUCCGCCGGCUUCUAUCGGCUGGAAAAGGGCACCCCCCUCGUCUACACUUACACGUACGACGAGAUGAAGAUCAUCCUGGAGGGAGAGUUUGAGAUCUCCGAUGAGACGGGGCAGAAGGUCACUGCGAAGCCGGGAGAUGUCUUCUACUUCCCCGCGGGGGCCAAGAUUACCUUCACCACGCCUUCGUACGGGCUCGCUUUCUAUACGGGCCAACGCAAGCAGGGUGCUGCUUAA